AUGAUGUUCCUCUUCUUCACUCUUUUCCUUGCAGCUUCUGUAACCGCGCAGCUCACAACCGCUAUUCCCCUCCUUAGGUCGGGCUUCGGCACAGACAAAAUCGGCUUUUACGCCUCCGUCAUUGGCGUCUCAGGCCCCAACACCACUCUCGCAGUCACCUACGACAAUGGCACAGACACACGCGCCGUUGGCCUCAUGAGGGAACCUACAACGAUGACCAUCAGCCCAAACAUGUUUGACUUCGACACAGACGUCCCCACGUCCAGCGGCACCAACUUCUACAAUCUGCGUUGCGACUUGCAAGCCAGCGCAGACCCGGCAUGCACGCUGUCCUACAAUCCAUCAAUGGCGCGACGCGUGCUCUGUCCCAACAUGGUGAGCACCACGGAAACGAUUUACCAGUACUACGUGCAUACAUAUCCCGCGCGCUUGGGAUACGAGGCGGGCGUAGAGACGGUCAUGCGGGAUAUCACGAUUGGUGUGAAUACGCGCGCCAGGCCAACGUGGUGUACAGACAGUAGCUAUCUCCCGUCUGAGGGACUGGUGGAGAGGCCAUCGGUGAGUCGCGAGGAUGUGGCUUCGUAUCAGGUGGUCGUCACCGCUGGAGAGGAGAAAUUGAAGGCGACGCAGGGGAGUGGUGUCAGUGGCUCAGUCGCUACUCCUACUGUCUCUGUGCCCCUGUCUACUUUUACUGGGGCGGCGGCGCCGGUCAAGACAGUCAUGCCAGCACUUGUAGGAUUUGGCGCUGUCGCGGCUGCGUUCUUGUAG